AUGCCUGCGUCCAAACCCAACGAGCUCGAUCCGGAGCACCCGAACCCGUGCUAUCCUAGAGCGUGCGCGAUCCAGUCGUGUCUGCAGAAGUCCGGCUUCGACCAGGCCAAGUGCGAGUAUCUCAUCGACGAUCUCUACCGCUGCUGCGCCAAAUUCUACCAGCAGCGCGGCAAGGAUGCCGAGGCGGAUAGCUGUCCCAUUCCCUCGGUGGUAGACAGGAGGAUACGAAAGAUGGAGCAGGAGGGGAAAGGUGGGGCGGGCGGGUCGUUGCUUGAAACCAAGAUGCGCUGA